AUGAGUUCGGACCCGGAAAUGGAGUGUUUUGGCCCGGCGGCCGUAUACCUCCGGAAGCCAGAAAAAGAGCGGCUUGAAGCUCAAAACACUCCAUUUGAUGCUAAAACCGCCUAUUUUGUCACUGAACCAAGCGAGAUGUACCUCAAGGGGAAACUUACCAAGAGAGAGGGCGGCAAAGCCACCGUGGAGACGCUCACUGGGAAGACUUUGACGGUGAAGGAGGAUGAAAUCUUCCCCAUGAACCCGCCGAAGUUUGACAAGAUUGAGGACAUGGCCAUGAUGACCCACCUCAGUGAGCCCGCUGUGCUGUACAACCUCAAAGAGCGCUAUGCAGCAUGGAUGAUCUACACCUACUCUGGGCUGUUCUGCGUCACUGUGAACCCCUACAAGUGGCUCCCAGUGUACGAUGCCGUGGUUGUUGCUGGAUACAGAGGCAAGAAGAGGAUUGAGGCUCCCCCCCACAUCUUCUCCAUCUCUGAUAACGCCUAUCAGUUCAUGCUCCAAGAUAGAGAAAAUCAGUCCAUCCUGAUUACCGGAGAAUCUGGUGCAGGAAAGACUGUCAACACCAAACGUGUGAUCCAGUACUUUGCAACAAUCGCAGUUGCUUCAGGCAAGAAAGCCGAGGCUGUUAGUGGAAAAAUGCAGGGGUCCCUGGAAGAUCAAAUCAUUGCAGCCAACCCCCUGCUGGAAGCUUAUGGCAAUGCCAAGACUGUGAGGAAUGACAACUCUUCUCGAUUUGGGAAAUUCAUCAGAAUUCACUUCGGGUCAACUGGAAAGCUGGCUUCAGCUGAUAUUGAAACAUAUCUGCUGGAGAAGUCUCGGGUGACCUUCCAGCUGUCUGCUGAGAGGAGCUAUCACAUCUUCUACCAGCUCACAACAGGCCACAAGCCUGAGCUGAUAGAGGCUCUUCUGAUCACCACCAACCCUUAUGACUAUCCCAUGAUCAGUCAGGGUGAAAUCACCGUCAAGAGUAUUGAUGACAUUGAAGAAUUCAUUGCCACUGAUACUGCUAUCGACAUCCUGGGCUUCAAUUCAGAAGAAAAGGCGAGCAUGUAUAAGCUGACUGGAGCUGUGAUGCAUCACGGAAACAUGAAGUUCAAGCAGAAGCAGCGAGAGGAGCAGGCUGAGCCCGAUGGCACUGAGGUGGCUGAUAAAAUCGCAUACCUCAUGGGCCUGAACUCUGCUGACCUGCUGAAAGCCCUGUGCUACCCUCGAGUGAAGGUUGGGAACGAGUUUGUGACCAAAGGGCAAACUGUUCCUCAGGUCAACAAUGCGGUCUCAGCUCUCUGCAAGUCUGUCUAUGAGAAGAUGUUCUUGUGGAUGGUGGUCAGAAUCAAUGAGAUGCUGGAUACCAAACAGCCAAGAAGCUUCUUUAUUGGUGUCCUGGACAUCGCUGGCUUUGAAAUCUUUGAUUUCAACAGCUUGGAGCAGCUGUGCAUCAACUUCACCAAUGAAAAACUGCAACAGUUCUUCAACCACCACAUGUUUGUCCUGGAGCAAGAAGAGUACAAGAAAGAGGGAAUUGAAUGGGAGUUUAUUGACUUUGGUAUGGACUUGGCUGCUUGCAUUGAGCUUAUCGAGAAGCCAAUGGGCAUCUUCUCCAUCCUAGAAGAGGAGUGCAUGUUCCCCAAGGCUACAGACACAACCUUCAAGAACAAACUGUAUGAUCAGCAUCUUGGAAAAAGUGCCCCCUUCCAGAAACCAAAACCUGCCAAAGGCAAGGCUGAGGCGCAUUUCGCUCUGGUGCACUAUGCUGGCACUGUUGACUACAACGUUAUGGGCUGGCUGGACAAGAACAAGGACCCCCUGAAUGACUCCGUGGUUCAGCUCUACCAGAAGUCUUCAGUCAAGCUGUUGGCCUUGCUUUAUGCUUCUCAUGCCGCAGCAGACGCUGAGGGAGGUGGCAAAAAAGGCGGCAAGAAAAAGGGUGGCUCUUUCCAGACAGUGUCUGCUCUGUUCAGGGAGAAUUUGGGCAAGCUGAUGACCAAUCUAAGGAGCACCCACCCUCAUUUCGUGCGCUGCUUGAUUCCAAAUGAAUCAAAAACACCUGGUCUGAUGGAGAACUUCCUGGUCAUCCACCAGCUGAGGUGUAACGGUGUGCUGGAAGGCAUCAGGAUCUGCAGGAAAGGCUUCCCCAGCAGAAUCCUCUACGGUGACUUCAAGCAGAGAUACAAAGUCCUGAAUGCCAGUGUCAUCCCCGAGGGGCAGUUCAUCGACAAUAAGAAGGCCUCAGAGAAACUGCUGGGCUCCAUUGACGUCGAUCAUACUCAGUACAAAUUUGGACACACUAAGGUGUUCUUCAAAGCUGGUCUGCUGGGAUUUCUGGAGGAGAUGAGAGAUGAAAAACUUGCUAUCCUGGUCACAAUGACUCAGGCUCUGUGCAGAGGUUUCCUCAUGAGAAGAGAGUUUGUCAAGAUGAUGGAGCGCAGAGAGGCAAUUUACUCGAUUCAGUACAACAUUCGCUCGUUCAUGAACGUCAAAACGUGGCCAUGGAUGAAGCUGUACUUCAAGAUCAAGCCUCUGCUGAAGAGUGCAGAGACUGAGAAGGAGAUGGCUCAAAUGAAAGAGGACUUUGAAAAGACCAAAGAGGAGCUGGCAAAGGCUCUCGCCAAGAAGAAGGAACUAGAGGAGAAGAUGGUUUCUCUGCUGCAGGAGAAGAAUGACUUGCAACUCCAAAUCGCAUCUGAAGGUGAAAACCUCGCUGAUGCAGAGGAAAGGUGUGAGGGCCUCAUCAAAGCAAAAAUCCAACUGGAGGCUAAAGUCAAAGAGACAAGUGAGCGGCUGGAGGAUGAGGAGGAAAUAAAUGCUGAACUGACUGCAAAGAAGAGGAAGCUGGAGGACGAGUGCUCUGAGCUGAAGAAAGACAUCGAUGACUUGGAGCUCACCCUGGCCAAAGUGGAGAAGGAGAAACAUGCCACCGAGAACAAGGUUAAAAACCUGGUUGAAGAAAUGGCUUCCCUUGAUGAGACCAUUGCCAAGUUAACCAAAGAGAAGAAAGCCCUCCAAGAGGCCCAUCAGCAGACCCUCGAUGAUCUGCAGGCAGAGGAAGACAAAGUCAACACUCUGACCAAAGCCAAGACCAAGCUGGAGCAGCAAGUGGACGACCUUGAAGGUUCCUUGGAGCAAGAAAAGAAGCUUCGCAUGGACCUUGAGCGAGCUAAAAGAAAGCUUGAAGGUGAUCUUAAACUGGCCCACGAAACCAUCAUGGACCUGGAGAAUGACAAGCAGCAGUCUGACGAGAAAUUAAAGAAGAAGGACUUUGAAACGAGCCAGCUUAUCAGUAAAAUAGAGGAUGAACAAUCCCUGAGUGCUCAGCUACAAAAGAAGAUCAAAGAACUUCAGGCUCGCAUUGAGGAGCUGGAGGAGGAGAUCGAGGCCGAGAGAGCAGCUCGGGCCAAGGUGGAGAAGCAAAGGUCUGACCUCUCCAGGGAACUGGAGGAGAUCAGCGAGAGGCUCGAAGAAGCUGGAGGAGCAACGUCUGUCCAGAUCGAGAUGAACAAGAAGCGCGAGGCCGAGUUUCAGAAGCUGCGCCGUGAUCUUGAAGAAUCCACCCUGCAGCACGAGGCCACCGCCGCCGCUCUCCGCAAGAAGCAGGCCGACAGUGUGGCAGAGCUGGGGGAGCAGCUUGAUAACCUCCAGAGGGUCAAGCAGAAGCUGGAGAAAGAGAAAAGCGAAUACAAGAUGGAGAUUGAUGAUCUCAGCAGCAACAUGGAGUCUGUUGCUAAAUCAAAGGCAAAUUUGGAGAAAAUGUGUCGCACUCUUGAAGAUCAGUUAAGUGAGAUGAAGACAAAGAAUGAAGAACACGUCCGACAGCUUAACGACAUUGGGGUACAAAGGGCAAGGCUGCAAACAGAAAAUGGUGAAUUCAGUCGCCAGCUGGAGGAAAAAGAAGCCCUCAUCUCUCAGCUGACUAGAAGCAAGCAGGCUUUCACUCAGCAGAUCGAGGAGCUCAAGAGACAUGUUGAAGAGGAAGUUAAAGCGAAGAACGCCCUGGCUCACGCCGUCCAGUCGGCUCGUCAUGACUGUGACCUGCUCAGAGAGCAGUACGAGGAGGAGCAGGAGGCCAAAGCUGAGCUGCAGCGCUCAAUGUCCAAGGCCAACAGCGAAGUGGCUCAGUGGAGAACCAAAUAUGAGACUGAUGCCAUUCAGCGCACCGAGGAACUGGAGGAAGCAAAGAAAAAGCUCGCCCAGCGCCUUCAGGAUGCAGAGGAGUCCAUCGAGGCUGUGAAUGCAAAAUGUGCCUCUCUGGAAAAAACCAAACAGAGGCUGCAUGGUGAAGUGGAGGACCUGAUGAUCGAUGUGGAGAGAGCAAACGCACUCGCUGCCACUCUGGACAAGAAGCAGAGGAACUUUGACAAGGUUCUUGCAGAGUGGAAACAGAAGUACGAAGAGAGCCAGGCUGAGCUGGAGGGAGCUCAGAAGGAGGCUCGAUCUCUCAGCACUGAAAUGUUCAAGCUGAAAAAUUCAUAUGAAGAAGCUCUGGAUCACCUGGAGACUCUGAAGAGGGAGAAUAAGAAUCUGCAACAGGAGAUCUCAGAUCUAACUGAGCAAAUCGGUGAGAGUGGAAAAACCAUCCAUGAACUGGAGAAAGGGAAAAAGACUGUGGAGACAGAGAAGUCUGAACUCCAGACUUCACUUGAGGAGGCAGAGGCCACCCUGGAGCACGAGGAAUCAAAGAUUCUCCGCAUUCAGCUUGAACUCACACAAGUCAAGAGUGAAAUCGACAGGAAACUUGCAGAAAAGGAUGAGGAGAUUGAACAGAUCAAGAGGAACAGCCAGAGGGUGAUUGAGUCCAUGCAGACCACUCUGGAUGCUGAGGUCAGGAGCAGGAACGACGCCCUGAGAAUCAAGAAGAAGAUGGAGGGAGACCUCAACGAGAUGGAGAUCCAGCUGAGCCACGCCAACCGCCAGGCCGCUGAAGCCCAGAAACAGCUGAGGAACGUGCAGGGACAGCUCAAGGAUGCCCAGCUGCACCUGGAUGAAGCCAUCAGAGGCCAAGAAGAAAUGAAGGAGCAGGUCGCGAUGGUGGAGCGCAGGAACAACCUGAUGAUGGCUGAGAUCGAGGAGCUGAGAGUUGCUCUGGAGCAGACCGACAGGAGCCGCAAAAUAGCAGAGCAGGAGCUGGUGGAUGCCAGCGAGCGUGUGACUCUGCUGCACUCUCAGAAUACCAGCCUGAUCAACACCAAGAAGAAGCUGGAGGCUGACCUCAUACAGGUCCAGGGUGAAGUGGAGGAUUCUGUCCAGGAAGCAAGAAAUGCUGAAGAAAAGGCGAAGAAGGCCAUCACUGAUGCUGCCAUGAUGGCUGAGGAGCUGAAGAAAGAGCAGGACACCAGCGCUCAUCUGGAGAGGAUGAAGAAGAACCUGGAGGUGACUGUGAAGGACCUGCAGCACCGCCUGGACGAAGCUGAAAAUCUGGCCAUGAAGGGCGGCAAGAAGCAGCUCCAGAAACUGGAGGCCAGGGUUCGUGAACUUGAGGGUGAAGUCGACGCAGAACAGAAACGUGGCGCUGAUGCAAUCAAGGGAGUGCGGAAAUACGAGAGAAGAGUUAAAGAACUCACCUACCAGACUGAGGAGGAUAAGAAGAAUAUCGCCAGACUUCAGGAUCUCGUUGACAAGCUGCAGCUGAAAGUGAAAUCCUACAAGCGACAGGCUGAGGAGGCUGAGGAACAGGCCAACUCUCACCUGACCAGGUACAGGAAGGUGCAGCAUGAAAUGGAGGAGGCUCAGGAACGGGCUGACAUUGCCGAAUCGCAGGUCAACAAGCUCAGAGCCAAGAGCCGUGAAAUGGUCAAGACCAAGGAUGAGGAGUGAUGAAGAGAUCAUCGACACAGCAGUGACAAGAAGUCAUACAAUAUGAGCUACUUGCUUACUGUUGUAUGUUAAACAUGUUGUAAUCACCUAAAAUAAAUACAAGAUAGUUUGUUGCACCA